AUGCCAAGUAGCAGGUUUCAGAGAGGGGAUGUUGUCAUGGGCCGCUGGCCAGGCAGUAGCCUCUUUUAUGAAGUGAAGGUUUUGGGCUAUGAUGCCAAAACUCAGCUUUACACUGUCAUAUACAAAGAUGGAACAGAGCUGGAGCUGAAAGAUGCUGACAUCAAGAGCACCACAGGGUUUAGGCAGGGCUCUGGGCGCUCUCGGUCCCGCUCACGCUCCCGCUCUCCUGCUCGGAGACGCAGCCGCUCGCGCUCUCCGGCCAGAACCACUCGUCGGUCCCCGUCCCGCACCUCUGUGGCCCGCAAGGACAAACUCAAAGAGGUUUUGGAGGUGCAGCUCACCCCUUUGAAAUUGCCUGUUGAGAACAACAGCAACAAUAAGCAUGAGAAGAAAGAGGAAAAUGACACAGCUAACAGAGAGAACGAGAAGACUGAGGCAGAAGGAGAGAGCCACGCUGGGGGGCGUUAUAACCUUCGGCGCAGGAAGGAGCUGGGAGACGCCAAAAUUGCUGAACCAGAGAAGAAAGAGGCUGAGGCAAUACCACUGGCUGCUCCUGUCACCACUACUAAGAUAACUGAAGAACUGGAGUUUGGAGGCAGGAUAGGAGUGUUCCUGCUCAUGCUGGUCCUGCCUGUGAUGGUGUUAGCCCUGCUCAUACUGUGUGGUCAGGAGGAUGCCAGUCUCCAGAGCUUAUCCCUCACUCUCACUGCCCUGGAAACACUCUGGGACUGGCAAGUCUUUGGUUUUGUGCUGCUGUGGCUCCUCUUCCAGGCUAUCCUUGCCUUGCUGCCCGUUGGAAAGGUUGUUGAGGGAAUGCCUCUGAAGAAUGGGAAGAGGUUGAAAUACAGGAUUAACGGCUUCUAUGCACUGGUGGUCAGUGCUCUUCUGGUGGGUGUUGCCAUGCAUCAGGGGGUGGAUCUCAGCUACAUCCACACCCAUUUCCUUCAGUUCUACACCUCAGCUUUGAUCAUCUCCCUCCUCCUAAGCCUCUAUCUGUUCGUCCGCGCUCGCUGGGCAUCCGACGAAGACCGUGCACCAGCUGGCAGUUCUGGCUAUGUGAUUUAUGACUUUUUCAUGGGACGCGAGCUAAACCCACGGAUCAAAAGCUUUGACGUGAAGUUCUUUUGUGAGAUGCGUCCUGGUUUGAUUGGUUGGAUUUUAAUCAAUCUUGCCAUGUUACUGGCUGAGAUGAAAGUGCAGCAGUUGGAAGCUCCCUCUCCAGCCAUGAUCCUAGUGAACUGCUUCCAGUUCAUCUGGGUAUUGGAUGGCCUCUGGCAUGAGGAGAAGCUGUUGACCAUGAUGGACAUGAUGUAUGAUGGCUUUGGGUUCAUGCUAGCCUUUGGAGACCUGGCCUGGGUGCCCUUUUCCUUCACCUGUCAGGCCUAUUACCUGGUCAACCAUCCCAAUGAGCUCUCCAUGAUCUGGAUGGCUUGUCUGAUCACGCUGUUUGGUAUUGGAUAUUACAUAUUCCGGAAAGCCAACUCCCAGAAAUUUGCUUUAAGGAGAAAUCCAUCUGACCCCAAGAUAUCACAUCUUAAGACGAUUCCAACUGCCACUGGGAAGAAUCUGCUGGUGUCUGGUCUAUGGGGCAUGGUCCGUCACCCUAAUUACCUGGGAGACAUCAUUAUGGGACUUGCCUGGUCUCUGCCAUGUGGUUUCAACCACGUGAUUCCGUAUUUCUACCUGAUAUAUCUGAUCUGUCUGUUGAUCCAUCGGGAAAAACGGGAUGCACACCAGUGCAGGAAAAAGUACGGAUCAGCGUGGGAGGAAUACUGCAGAGUGGUCCGCUACCGCAUCUUCCCUGGCAUUUACUAAAAUCUUAGGAUGCCACGCACACGUGGGACAGACAAAACGUACCAAAUUUCCUUCGUAAACAAACUGCGAAUUGUGUCAUUUAAUUGGACAAGAAAACCACUAAUGUGUGUAAGACAGAGGAAGUGAGGCAGCUGUUUGGAGCUUGGGAAAAAAAUUACAUUCCAGCAUCAGUUUUAAAGUUGUUUUAAAAAUCCAAGUAUAUUGGCUAGCUUUGUUUAAUUUAAGCUUUGUUAUGAGGAAGAGGAAAAAAAAGUUUACAAAAUUGGGAAGUCCCAGUUUCUGGGUCUAAAUGCUCGUUAAACUGUACAUAUGUAUAUACAUUUUGUUGAAACAAAUUAUUUUUACAUAAUAUUUGCAUCUGUUAUCUCUCAAGGUUCCAGCUUCCAUUUUCAAAGUAUUACAAUAACUGCUUGGCUCUUCUCUUUCAGGGUGUU